AUGAACCGAUUGAUUGUGAGUUUCGUUGUGGUGUUGGCGUGCAUCGCCGCCUCCCAGGGCCUGCCGGACACGGAGUUUCCCUUUGGCCGCAUCGUGAAUGGCGAGCCAACGACAAUCGAGGCUCAUCCCUAUCAGGUCUCCAUUCAGACCACCAAAGGCUCCCAUUUCUGCGGCGGCAGUCUGAUCGAUUCGGACACCGUUGUCACUGCUGCCCACUGCAUGCAGUCCUAUAAGGCCUCCGAGAUCCAGGUGCGUCUGGGCGCCACCGAGCGCAACGAGGGCGGCGAGGUCGUCAGCGUUAAGUCAUUCAAAUUCCACGAGGGCUACAACAGCAAACUCAUGAUUAACGAUGUGGCUGUGAUCAAGCUAAGCUCCCCUGUCCGCCAGACGGCCAAGCUGCGCGCCAUUGAGCUGGCCAAGGUCACACCUCCAUCCGGAACACCUGCCGUUGUUACCGGCUGGGGCACCACCUGUUUCCUGUUCUGCUCAUCACCCAAUACCCUGCAGCAAGUGGAGGUCGAUCUGCUGUCAGUCACUGACUGCGGCUCUGACACUUAUUCCUACGGUCAGGACAAGAUUCUGGACACAAUGGUCUGUGCCUAUACCGAGAAGAAGGAUGCCUGCCAGGGUGACUCUGGCGGCCCACUGGUCGCCAAUGGUGAGCUGGUCGGUAUUGUGUCCUGGGGCAAUGGCUGCGCCAUGACUGACUAUCCUGGUGUCUAUGCUGAUGUUGCUUCUCUCAGACAAUGGAUUGAGAACACUGCCGCGGAAUUGUAAAACUUUUUAAUAAAAUUAUCAAAAUCUGAUAAAUUCAUAUGAUAUU